GUCAAUGUGUGAAAAUGGAAGAAAGUGUGAAUUUGAGUGGGCAAUCUCCAGUAUUUUCAUUUUAAGUCAUUAGAUUUAAAAUUACUUCGAUGAAACGAGUUUAUAAAACAGAGAUAUGGCAUUAAUGAAUUUACUGAUGACUCAUACGAGAGCAAACAGUGUCAAUAUUCCGCCUUUACCUCACGCUAACCAAGUGUAUGCUGUCAAUUCCUCCGACUCGGCCGCUCACCAUCAGGUGAAGGAACACAACUGUUCGCCUGGGGAUCUGUUGGGACCGGUUGGUCUGUUUGUGCAGGCGCUCCUGGCAUUUCUUGCCUUUACAUCUUUAAUAGUUAAACGAUACUGUGAACCACAACAUUCAAGGCGUCCCUGGAAAAUUUGGUUUUUCGACACCUCUAAACAAGCUCUUGGUGCUGCUGUUAUCCACUUUGCCAAUGUCUUCCUCGCUGAUAUAUUUCACGGUGAUCCAUGUACAUGGUAUUUUGUGAGUUUUCUGUUGGACUCCACAGUGGGUCUAUUUAUCAUCUAUAUUGGACUCAAAGUGACACAGAUUGCAGCACAAAGGUAUAAAUGGACAACAUUGCAAUUUGGAGAAUAUGGUAAACCUCCUCAGUGUCAGUCGUGGGUGGGCCAGUGCGGUCUCUACAUCAUAGUGAUGAUUAUUGAAAAAAUACUCAUGACGCUACUGGUGCUCUUUCCAUUCUGGACUUCGGUGAGGAAAUUUAUUAUGAAACCUAUUCAGAAUGGAGUUUUGGAGUUGGUGAUAGUGAUGUUUUUGGUUCCACUUGUUAUUAAUGCCUUUAUUUUCUGGGUGGUUGAUAACUUUUUGAAGAAGAGUAUUCAGAACUCUAAGACAAUUUACGUGAAUGAUAACGACACUUCCGUGAAGUACUACAAAACAUCAGAGCGUGUCAAAUGCUAUAAUCGAAUAGAACAGGCGGAUGGUUUCGAAUCUGAUAUAUUAUUGUCAGCCGAUGAGGAGACUGAAGCACGUCACAGAAAUGCUGACGCCACGCAGCUGCUACUUGAUACGUGACGACUGUAGUGACCCGUGACGUGUGUCAUACAGAACGUAUUGCAUCCCAGGACCAUGAGAACCAAAUACUUCACUGACUGUAGUAUACAGUGAUAUGUAUCCUACACAAUGUAUUAUACACCCGGACCACAACUUUCAAAUACUUCACUAAUUGUACUUUGUUGAUAUUUAGUUGCAUCAAAGUACAAAUGGCUGUGAAAGUUUUCUGUCAUUGUUUUUAUUAUUAUUAUUUUUAUGACAGGCAUGUUCAGGAGACAGUACCUGUGGCCUCUCGCUAGACUGGUUCUUGUGCCUAAUGUUAUUAUGACUAUGAUAGGUUAAGAUAAGAUGGAAAUCAGUCAGACUGUUCAUGAGCAUUUGGCUUGAGCACACCAAUGAUUGUAACAGUUACUGUAAGUUUCAAAAUGUAAAUUUGUUUUCUGCUAAUUUUAAUAUUUCUAAAAGAAUUGUUUACAAUCGGAUAUUAUUCGUCCCUGUUUAUCAAUGCACCUUAGUUUUCUUGACCCAUAUCGGAACCUGUGCCCACAACGAGCAUACUUACUACACUGCAUCUUGUUAGCACAUAAAGAAAAGAUGCUCACUAUUAUGUUUCUAGUCUGCCCCACACAGUCCCUGAUCAGGUCGGAGGAUAUUCCUGGGAUAGACGUGUCUGAACCUUAAUUUGAUGUAGGCACAUAAGUAGAGAACAUUCUCCUAGUUUCAAGUAGUAGUAGUAAUAAUAGGAAUUAACACUUAAUUGGAUGUAGGCACGUAAGUAGAGAACAUUCUCCUGAUUUCAAGUAGUAGUAGUAAUAAUAGGAAUUAACACUUAAUUGGAUGUAGGCACGUAAGUAGAGAACAUUCUCCUAGUUUCAAGUAGUAGUAGUAAUAAUAGGAAUUAACACUUAAUUGGAUGUAGGCACGUAAGUAGAGAACAUUCUCCUGGUUUCAAGUAGUAGUAGUAAUAAUAGGAAUUAACACUUAAUUGGAUGUAGGCACGUAAGUAGAGAACAUACUCCUGGUUUCAAGUAGUAGUAGUAGUAAUAGGAAUUAACACUUAAUUGGAUGUAGGCACGUAAGUAGAGAACAUUCUCCUGGUUUCAAGUAGUAGUAGUAAUAAUAGGAAUUAACACUUAAUUGGAUGUAGGCACGUAAGUAGAGAACAUAUUCCUGAUUUCUAGUAGUAGUAGUAAUAGGAAUUAACACUUAAUUGGAUGUAGGCACAUAAGUAGAGAACAUACUCCUGGUUUCAAGUAGUAGUAGUAGUAAUAGGAAUUAACACUUAAUUGGAUGUAGGCACGUAAGUAGAGAACAUUCUCCUGGUUUCAAGUAGUAGUAGUAAUAAUAGGAAUUAACACUUAAUUGGAUGUAGGCACGUAAGUAGAGAACAUACUCCUGGUUUCAAGUAGUAGUAGUAGUAAUAGGAAUUAACACUUAAUUGGAUGUAGGCACGUAAGUAGAGAACAUUCUCCUGGUUUCAAGUAGUAGUAGUAAUAAUAGGAAUUAACACUUAAUUGGAUGUAGGCAUGUAAGUAGAGAACAUUCUCCUGAUUUCAAGUAGUAGUAGUAGUAAUAGGAAUUAACACUUAAUUGGAUGUAGGCACAUAAGUAGAGAACAUUCUCCUGGUUUCAAGUAGUAGUAGUAAUAAUAGGAAUUAACACUUAAUUGGAUGUAGGCACGUAAGUAGAGAACAUUCUCCUGGUUUCAAGUAGUAGUAGUAGUAAUAGGAAUUAACACUUAAUUGGAUGUAGGCACAUAAGUAGAGAACAUUCUCCUGGUUUCAAGUAGUAGUAGUAAUAAUAGGAAUUAACACUUAAUUGGAUGUAGGCACGUAAGUAGAGAACAUACUCCUGGUUUCAAGUAGUAGUAGUAGUAGUAAUAAUAGGAAUUAACACUUAAUUAAUUUUCUGCCAUACUUUGGUAAAAUCAUGAGCAUCAGUUUUAGUAUGCCUAAAAGAAAAUGGUUUUAUGGAUACCUAUCGGUACAUUAUUUUAAUCAUAGUACAUAAAUUCUAUUGUUAGAUGAUCUACAAAAUCAUGUUUCCAGUGUACAGAGUCUUUUCUGGAUCAGUGGCUUAAACUAUUUUUAAUCAUAUUAAGUGGUGGUUUGUUUUUGUGGGGUGGGGGAGUACUGAUCAUAAUAACUUGUUCAGGAAAAAGGCAACUGGUUUGUUUCAUUUUAGUUCGCAGUCAAACAAAGGUGGUCAUUAUUUAAACUUUAGCAAUGCAUGUUUUUUUACCUUUGCUUUCCAAACUGACAAAACCAUUUAUGUAUGUAUAUCUUAUCAUUCGAGGUCAAUCAUUGAUUAAUUUAAUUUUGUGCUAUGGUAUUGUAAAAAUAGCUUGAUUUUGGAUGCCUGAUAUAUAUAUAUAUAUAUAUAUAUAUAUAUAUAUAUUUUUUUUUUUUUUUUUUUUUUUUUUUUUUUUUUUUUUAUAACAGCGUCACAAAAUAACCUGAAAUAGGAUUGUUAAUUUUAAAAAUGUACAUAGCAUUUUCUGUAGAAAAAGAAUGUCAGCUGUGUUUUGGUGUGUAUAUUUGACAAUAACAGGUGUACAUGACAUUGAUGGAGCAUUUUGAUGUUUAUCACCAUAAUCAUUAUGUGCAUAAAUACUACUGUUUCAAAACUCUUUCAGAAUCAACAGGAUCAAAACACUUUAUUUUACUUUUUUAAAUUCAUGAUUAUGAUUUUGAUUUUUAAUUAUAAACAAGAUAGCUUUUAUAUGCAGUUUUCACAAUUCCAACACUAGCUUCUAAAAUACAACUGAUGUUUUAAAAUACAGAUAUAUUUUCAUAAUUUAUUGUGGAGAAUAUUUUGUUUGUUUAAGAAACAAGAUGCUCUGUUGUUCCUCAAAUUGAUGUCUUGUUGAGCCUGAUUCUGUAUGAAAAGAAAAACUAAAAGGUUUUUUGGAAUGUAGUUGCAUAUUAAGUAUUGCCAGAUAUAGUUGUUGUACUAUCUUAAUAUAGACAUUGUUUGUACUACCCAAUACUUAAAUUAUGAGAUUUAUUCAAGCAAAAGUAAUAUUCCGUAAUUUCCUGAAUAUUGCCCACUGCUGGAAAGCUUGAAACGAAUUAUAAUUAUGGUUUUGGGGUUGGAGUAGGGGGGGUGGGAAUAGCCAGGUAGCCUAACCCAGUGAAUAGUGUGCAGACUAUCUGCAUGAAAGACAAUCAAUCGGGUAACUACUGUACUCUGUUUGCAUACCUGUACCAUGUAAGCUGACGGUUAAUGAAUUGUUCUUUAUUGUAUUUUUCCUGCAAAUGUGGUUCAAAUAUAUAUUUAAAAUAAAACGUGACCCGAGAAACGGAAAUGGUCACAGGGCCCACACAUCAUCAGAUAUACUGCAGUGGGUAAUUUUAGCUAUUUUAAAGCACAUUGCUGAACCUAAAUAUUUAAACUUUUUUUUUCCCCAGUCAGUGAUUUUUAAGCCUAGUGAAGUUAUUAAAAACCAAAAUGUUUUUAAUUCAUAUGUAUACCAGAAGACAUCACAUUGUUCACUGGAUUCCUAUUAGUUUAGAUAUGAUGAGUAUUUGCAGUAAUGCUAUAUCUCAUUUUGGCGAGUUAUUGCCCAGAAUAGAUGGUUUAAUUAUCCUUAACUAUAGUCUGAUUUUGUUGUUUAUUAUGUAUAUUACGGUCUGUGAGAAUCUCAGACAAAUGAACUUAUGUUAAGAACAUGUCACACCACCCAGCACCCACUCCCCACCUUACUUCACCACACACAUACAAAUAGUGUACAGAAAACCACUGCUAAUUAUGUGUAUUUGUGUUAAAAGAUGUUUAUGACAUCAGUAUAUUUUUCUAUGAACUAUAAAGGUAAUGUCUGUGUAUAUAUUAAUAUUUUUCAUAUUGCAUGCACCAGUAUAUAUACUCGUGGAUAAGCUCUCACUUGCUAAAUACAAAUUCAGGUUGAAUUUGGUGAAGGAGUUUCAGAAUAAAUUGGCUAAAAGGAUUGUUGGAUAAAUAGUUUAUUUAAUAACGAGUCUGUUUUGUUACAUUUUAUUUUGGUUACAGUUCAGUGUUUUCGCAGUAUUUUCAUUACAGUCCAGUGUUUUCCCAUGGUUGAAAUUUACAUCGAAUGAUCAGCACAUGAAACUUGCAAAUCGAGUACGCAAAGCUUGCAAGAAUGCAAAUGACAUUCUUUUUACUGAUUGUGACCUUUAGAUGUUAAAUAAACAGGAAGCAUAUUUUCAUACCUAGACAAUCAUUGAGGAUGUGAAUGCCAAUACAUCUUUAUAUGAAUACGAUACAGUUUAGUUCAUUAAAAAUAUUUAAUAAUAAUUUAACCUUCAUAUUGUUUAGCCAAAGUUAAUACAAAGUAGCCUGCAGAGAUUACAUUGUGUAAUUUAAUAUAGACAUUUGUAUCAACCUGAGGCUGUUGUACCAUUCACUAAAGUGUGCAUUAAAUGUGUAUAGCCAUACUUUUUAAACUCCACCUCUUGCUGCACCAAACUUCCUUACUGCAGCAUGCAACGUCACCUAGGGGUGUGGUAGAAGUCGAUUACAUAUAAACGUACUUGUGGUAUGCAUGGUUAUAUCACAUUUUUCAGUCCUUUGAUUAACAGCAGAUAAACCUCGUGCUCUUGCACUCGGGGCUUUUGGCUGUGGGUGAAAACAACUCAUCCCAUGAGUAAGGUUAUAUGGUAUAUUCUAUGGGUUGAUUAAACAUACCACAACUUACUUUCUUUUCAGUGCUGUCUGAAGUGUGUAACUUGUAUUUGGUUGUCUACCUGUAAUUAGCUGUGGGAACAAACCCUGAUGCAUGUCUGAAUAGUUAAUUGUUUGAUAUAAUGCAGUCUUCUUCAGUUCCAUAUAACCAGAUUGACAUUCUACCAAACACAAGGAAAUUACAUCUGUAGGUUUACCAUCUGAAAAACUUCAGCAUUAAAUAACUGUGACCUAGUUACUAUGAGUAUAUUGACUAUUAAAGUAAGUUUCUAUAUUAUCAUCUUCACCACUAUAUAUAUAUAUACUAUAUUCAACUAGUAGUGGUACUGUAACAGUACUGGACCCAGCUUUCAAAAUGAUCUUUGCAUUAAGAUUACCUUACUAGCUUAUGCACUUAAGAUAAUCUUAGCAUUAAGAUCAAUUCGCUAUAGUGAUGUCGUAGCUUACGAUGGUUUUACGACUUCGUAGCACUAAGUUGGCUUUGAAAAUAUGGGCCCUGGACUGUAGUAUGUACUCCGUGUGGUAUCGAGCUACUGUAACAGUAAAACUUUAGAAUCAACAAAGUUGAUACCGGUAUUCUUCAUUUUGCCUCUACAACUAUGUUGCACAUGCUGCUUUUUUUCAUAAUUAAUCUAAAAGAAAUAAAAGACAAUCAUUAAAUGGUUAUCAACUAUAUUGUAUAAUUUCCCAGCUCCGUAACCAUGUUGGCAUCUGUCUGAUAUACAAGAUAUAUUUUGAUCUUUUCUAAGUGCUUGUCAUUAUCUCAUGCUGAAAAUAUACUUGGUCAAACAAGUACUGUAUUGUAUUUUAAAAGUAAGCUAUUUUCAAUGAAAUAUACUUGGUCAAACAAGUACUGUAUUGUAUUUUAAAAGUAAGCUAUAUUCAAUGAUGUUUGCUUAGUAACUGGUUUAACGUGUCCAUUUACCACCAGGGUUUCGAACACGCCUUCAAUGAUGUGACAGUUUCGUAUUGAAAUCUGUUACUUACACUGAAAAAUGAUGCACCAAUUAAAUCCAGUGUCUGAUUUCUCUUUGAAAGUCACAAGUUUCCGUUUAUUUUUAAUCACAUUUACCAAAUUGCUAAAUGUUUUUGUCCUAGCAUACAUAGAAAGAUGCCUUUUUUAAUAAAAAAAUUUCACUUGA